CCAUGUGGCGCACUUGCCACGUGGCGAUGGGAGAGGGAUGGCAACGCCGAGGUGGCGACGCCACGUGGCGACGGGAGCGGGAUGGCAACGCCGAGGUCGCGAUGGGAUCGGGAGCGGGAGCGGGAAGCGAAGGUGGCCACGGGCGUGGGAUCGGGAUCGGAAAGCGGAGGUGGCGAUGGGUACCACAUUUCGCACGUGCCAAACAUCGCACGUGGCGCACUUUCCGCAUCGCCACGUGGCGCACUUUCCGCAUCGCCACGUGGCGUACUUGCCCCAUCAUCUAGUGCCACGUGGCAAGUACGGAGGUGGAGACGCCGAGGUGGCGACGGGAGCGGGAUGGCGACGCCGAGGUGGCGACGCCAUCUCGGCGUCGAGGUGGCGUACUUGCCCCAUCAUCUAGUCCCACAGGCAAGUGCGGAGGUGGCGACGCCGAGGUGGCGACGGGAGCGGCAAGUACGCCACGUGGCAAGUGCGGCCUCACCAUAUAGUUCCACGUGGCAAGUGCUGAGGUGGCGACGGGAGCGGCAAGUACACCACGUGGCAAGUGCGACCUCACCAUAUAGUCCCACGUGGCAAGUGCGGAGGUGGCGACGGGAGCGGGAUCGGAAAGCGGAGGUGGCGACGCAGGGCGUGGGAUCGGGAGCGGGAUUGGGAAGCGAAGGUGGCGACGCAGGGCGCGGGAUCGGUAGCGGGAUCGGGAAGCGGAGGUGGCAACGCCAAGGUGGCAACACAGGGCACGGGAUCGGGAUCGGGAAUCGAAGGUGGCGACGGGAGCGGGAUCGAGAUUGGAAAGCGGAGGUGCCGAUGGGUACCACACUUCGCACGUGCCAAACAUCGCAUGUGGCGCACGUGCCGCGUGGCGCACUUUCCACAUCACGUCAAGGUUGCAGCCAGGGCCACGAGGAUGCAACACAGACACUCAAUGCCCGUGUACUGGACCUGGAACAGUUUGUACAAGGACCAGAUGCUGGUACGUCCAGCAGUGAACCCUCUAGCCGCCAACUGGAGGAACACGUUGACCACGUAGUGGCGAUGCUCGACGACAUCAGUGCUUUCGCUGCACCUACCACCAUCAGCAGUCAGCUGCACACCUUGAAGACCGAGGUCCAGCAGCUGCAGUCGACGAACUCGGAGGGCAAUCAUAAGUUGUACAAGAUGCCAACCUUCCAACUUGAGAAGUUCGACGACUACACGCAUCAGGAUCUGGUCCUCUGGUGGGAAGCAUUCACGACGCAGCUUCGGAUCCUGCCAGUCGCCAAGCACGCAGACAUCGGUGCCCUUUUCCUUAACUCAAAGGGCGCAUGCCAGACUUGGUUGACCCAUCUGGCAGCCACUCACGGCGUCGACGUGGUAGAUCUUCGAGACAAAAUCACAUGGGAGAAGUUGACACGGUUGUGGAAGAAGAGGUUCAUUGUCGACGACGCCCCUGCCCUCGCCAUCAACCGCCUCUUCACCAUGACCCAAGGCAACACGGCAACACGAGACUGGCUCACGGAAUGGCAAAAGAUCGYGGCAACGCCGGAUCUGGACUUGCCAUUUACGCAUCUGCGCCGAGAGUUCUACAAUAGGUCAUGUGCUGCACUGAGCCAGGCACUUGGUGAUCGCGAGCAGUACUCAACCUUCGCUGAGAUCAUCGACAAAGCGAGGGAGAUCAUCAAGACUAAUAGGGCGGCUGCACACGAGAAAUCAGCAUGGCAGCCAACCUAUGUGGAAAAGGUAAAGACUGGUCCGCGGCAGCAGCAUUUCGCUAGAGUCCAAUCGGACAGUGGAGACGACCUGGCAGCCACCAAGGCAUCAAGUGAAGGAGAUCAGGUGGCUGCUGUCCAACCAAGAAGCACCAAUAAGUCCCGGAACAAUGGGAAGGCGAAGACCACAUCAUCGGCUGGARCAGGACAGCCAGCGCCAUGGGUCAAGUUUAACUUGACCGAGGCCGAAUACAAGUACCGUGGUCGGUACGGCUGCUGCUACUGGUGCAAUAGCACCAAGAACAAGACCUCCCUCUGCCAGGAGAAGGAGAAGGAGGAUGUUCGGCCUCGCAACAACUCGGGAAACUGAGUAGCGCGGGAGGUGAGGUGACUCCACCUCCCACUCCGCCAGAUCCGGCCGCCUUGCUAGCGGCCUCCUACACAUCU